AUGGCCUCUGCUCGUGAGAUUUUGUUUGCUGUUCUGGCUGCGGCCGGAUUCCUUGGUCUGGGCGCCUCCUUUAUCGGUGUCAAGAUCGAUGACCCCCCACCACAGCACAAGUCGCCCGUCACCGGCUACCCUACAUGGCAUCAGGAUUACGAAAAUGAGAACAAGGAAAUCACAAUGUCGUUCACCGUUUUGGCACUUAUCUUCACCUUGACCGCAUCCUAUGUUGCCCGUCUUGCCACCCGCAAGCCCUCCCGCUCCUUAACCGGCUUUGUCACCCUCCCCUCCGGCAACGAGGAAACCUCGACCCAAAUCAACGAGUUCUUUGAGCUCUACAUCAAUGCUACCAUGCUUGCUGUUGUCGCAUACCUCUUCUUUGAUGUCGGAAAGAUCUGGGCCGUCGUCGGAGCACUCCACAACCUCCUUGAGGUUGCUCUUUUGAUUGUCUUGCAGUCCGGAGGCAGAGUUACUGGCAUAUCGUUUGGACUGUACAUGUUCACUUAUGUCGUCAUCACCAUUCUCCUCAGCGUCUACCUCUCCUGGCCUCUGGAUGCCAUCUUCUUCCGCUGGCAAGGACUCUGCUCAGACUUUGGUUUGAUCGUGAUGUUUGUCCGCAUGCACAAGGCGACAAAGGCUCAACUGGACAGUUUUGGCGAUCCCAACAAGCAUGACCUUCAGCUGGCCGAAGCCCAAAGGGCCGCUGAUCGUCUCGCCCAGGAGCAGGAGCAGAGCGGCUUUUUGGCUUCUUCAGAAUCACUUCACACCGUCCGCCUCUCCCCCGCCAACGGAGGGGCUUCGACUUCUUCCAUCUCUCUCCCCACCGCCAACCCUUCGUCGUCGAACCCAUUGCACAACAUUCAUGCCAACUGGAAGCGCUUCGUCGCCCGUGCUCCUUCCCCCAGUGCCAGUGACAGGUCUGACCAGGAGACUCUCCUGCACCACGCUCCCCCCCAGAACGCCAAUGCAACCUUGACCCCCGAGUCGACCCACACACCCCGCUUUGGAGGCGAGUCUCAAACGGUCAUCCAGGUCCUCCCUGCCGGCGGCAGCCACCGGGUCUCGGUCCUCGCCCUCAACAACGACGAGUCGAUUUGGGGUGUCAAGUGGAAGAACCCCGACCAGAUCUGGCUCUUGGUUGCUGCCUCUGUUUUCCAUGUCAUUGGCAACUGUAUUACGACCAUCUUCAUCACCAACCUCUACGCCAUGGCGGCCUUCCAUAUCUCCUACGGACUCGCUUUCCCCCUCUAUGCCUACUACCUCUAUGUCGACAACCAUGCCCUCCGCCAGUCAAAGAUUUACAUGCCCAAGUUCUCCAAGAUCAAGACCUUCACCUACCUCUGUGUGUCCAUGAUCGGAGCCACUGCCACCGUCAGGGCUGGACUCUAUGUCUCGACCUUGAAUGCUGGCAAAGAAUAA